AUGGCACGCCCCGACACCGUCCUUCAGGCAGAUGCCGCCGACCCGACCAGAUGCUUCACCCUGUCCCAGACGCGCCAGCUCACGCGCCAGCUUGCCUGGGAACUUCGACACACCUAUGGUGUUGGGCGUACUGGUUCCAGUGUCGAUGACGUGUUGGUGAUGACGGCAGGCGAUUACAGGCUGCACACUCUCUUCUUUGGGACUGUUGCCGCGGGGGGCAUUUACUCUGCCGCAAGCCCAAGCUCUACGGCCUCGGAGCUGGCAUACCUGAUCCAGCUCGUGAGCCCAAAGAUCAUCAUCUGCGACGCCAGCACGAGAGCGGUGGUGGAGGAGACGGUGAAAAACGUGCGCUUCCCUGCUGAUCAUGUCCUUUUGCUGGGAGACGGCCAAGGGCUGCACCUGACGGUGGCAGGUACGGGGAGGGUGUUGGAGCUGUCCCCUUCGCGAUCUAUGGACUGGGUGCGACUCACCGACAUCAAGCAGCUGGAGGACACCACUAUCUGUAUCCUGUUUAGCAGCGGCACAACCGGCCUUCCCAAGGGCGUCAUGAUAAGCCAUCGCAUGAUAGUCGCAGAGUGCUUCUUGACUAUGGAACCAGAUAGGCAGUACUGGGCCCGUGAGAAGCCCGAGUUCCAGUACCGAACGCUGGCCCACGUUCCUGCGGCGCACGUGGCAGGGGUUCAAAGUUACUUCGUCAAUGCUAUCUAUCGUGGCGGGACGACCUAUUGGAUGCCCAAGUUCGACUUCCCGAAAUUUCUCGAGUACCAGAAGAAGUACAAGAUCACAGUCUUCUUCACGGUACCACCCAUCUGGCUGGCCAUUGCAAAGCAUCCAGGUGUGAAAGAUGCACUGGACACCUGUGAGUACGCCUCUGCGGGUGCGGCGCCGAUGGGUGCAGAGUUGCAGCUCGAUGCGGAGGCCAAGCUAGGUAAGGGACGAGCAAGGCUUACGCAGGUCUGGGGUCUGACGGAGACAUGUGGUGCUAUUACGGCCAUGACCCCAGGAGAGAGAGAGCACACCGGCAGUGUAAGCCCUCUUAUUGCGAACCACGAGGCGCGGAUUGUGGAUGACAAUGGGAAAGAUGUCGAGCCUGGUGGAACCGGGGAAGUCUGGGUGAGAGGCCCUGUGGUGACAAAAGGCUACUGGAAGAAUGAGAAGGCCAAUGUCGAGAGUUUUGUGGAUGGCUGGUUUUGUACUGGCGACAUCGGCCGGUUCAAGGACGGUAUGCUCUAUAUCGUUGAUCGAAAGAAGGAACUCAUCAAAUACAAGGGCCUGCAGGUCGCCCCAGCAGAGCUCGAGGAAUUGCUCCUGCAGAACCCCAAGAUCGCGGACGCAGCGGUGAUUGGGGUGGAAGGCGAGGGAACUGAAGUGCCCAGGGCGUACGUCGUACCGGCUACCAAGGACCUCACACGCGAGGACGUCGCCAAGUGGGUGGACCAGAGGGCAGCAUCGUACAAGAAGCUGCGAGGUGGUGUGCUGUUCAUCGACGCCAUCCCGAAGAGUCCUUCAGGCAAAAUCCUGCGGAAGGUCCUCCGCGAACAGGCCAAGAAGGUGGACAAGGCUUCAAAGCUGUGA